UCUCUUACUUAAAGUAUAGAAUAGUAUAUUCUAUUUGACAAAAAAUACGAUAGUUAAAUUUAUUUUCUACACAAAGAAGUAAAGAAGUCUCAUAUCAUCUUCUUUGUUGUGAUCUGAAUGUAUAACUGCCUCUUAACAUAUCACAACUACAUGAAUUAAGUAUCUCACCUCUUACAUCUAUUCAUGACCUAAAGUAGAUAUCGUUCCCAGAUUUUAUUUAGUAUUUAAAGCUCGUAGAAGCAGGACGUUUGUUUUUUUGUGUUUGCUAUGGAAGAACAGUUUGCUUGUGUUGAGUACAUUCAGCUCGCACCCGACGUUUUAGUGCCGCUAUCCUGGCAAAUUUACGGAAUGGAAAGCUUUGUUUUGAAAGCAAUAAGAAGGAUAAUAGAAACCAGCCAACAGGAGAGUCCUGUUAUUCAAAUAAACAACAUUUCGGUCCAGUUGAUAAGGAACCACCCUAUCGGAUUUCCAUUUGUGUUUGAACUAGUCCCUGAAGCGUAAGUACUAUUUCAAAUCUAUCCAAACUAAAAAUUUAGCUUCUUUAUAUGUAAAUCCUUUGGUCUCGAUUGCAGACAAAUCGUUGAAGAUAACGUCUAUGAAAUAGUUUCCCGCAUUGAUGAAAACAACAAUGUAAUUGAAGUUUCGAGCGGAAGCAAUCCUGGAACCUUGGAUACUUGCUGGACCAGAAUCAGGGAGCCUGUCUGCCUGCUACGAUCUCGUCUAAUCAAGUUGUCCCUGAACCUCACGAAAUGCAAAUUUUUUGAACCCUAAGGAACCUGCCGGUAGAAGUCGAGCAAAUGUUAAUGUAGUCAAUAAUUUACAAUUCAAAUGACUUUUCAAUAGUAGUUCUGUACAAACAAUAUAAAUUAUGUUUCUUUGUAUCUUCGUGCGAGCCAAGGACAUGUGUUAACUCAUAAUAAACUUCAAUGACCUUCAGUAGUGAUAAUAAAUAAUCACCACGCAAACACAUGCAUUAUUAUCAUAUUUUUACAAUGCAGUUAUAUUAAAUAAUAAAACCCACAACCCACGUCAGUAUCUCGGUUCGACGCUCGACGAUUGUUCGGCUGCACUUUAUAUUUAGCGGUGCUAUAUUAUUUACACAUACUGAUAUUCUCGAGUCACCUCUGGCAAAAAGGAUAAAUACGAUCAGAUCAUCACUAAACUGAUUCAGUUUUUAUUCUGUCACAAUGGCUGACAGUCGUCAUAUUGAGAAGUGGUUCGAGCGUUCUGAAAUGUACCAGAGUAAUGUGAUAGAGCUAAUGAGCUCUGAAUAUGAAGCAGGAACCUCGCAGCCGAAAAGAAGAAGACUAAAGCGACGUCUUGUUGAGUUACUGCCGAGCAGCAGAAGUACUCCAGUGACGUCGCAGACUGACAACCAGGUUACAGAAGAAAUAGACUCGGAAUCUACCAGAGAUGUGGCGCCAUCUAGAGUCGUCUCUCCUGCGUUGAAUCAGGUCCAAGCAAAUGGAAACGAAGCUCCUGAACGGUACACAAACUUCUACCGGUUUCUAAUGACAACAGUAAUCCUGGACGACCUGAGCUUUAGAGAACCGUUUAUCUCAGCUGCAGACGCCAACCAACUGACGGAAGAAGAUCUAAUUCUCCAUGGAGUCAGACUUUACCUGAACGCGCACCAGCUGAGUCCUCAAGAACUAGUAAACCUGCCGUUUAUUCCUCGCGAAAUGGUCACAGGAGAAACCAUGAAGGACUUCCCGUUCUUGGACCCUUUCCUGGUUGUCCUCUGGGAUUUUGACAUCGAUGACGUCCACUGGAUGCUGAAUAUCCUGCCCUGGAGGGUAGUAGACCGCCACAUCAGAACCGGUCGAAGUAUUCUUCAUUGGAUCGUCGGGAUUGGCAACAUCCACCAAUUCCUGGAGACAACCAGAGCUCCGCUGAGUAUAACUGUGAAAAUCCUACGGUUCUUGGACAAUUAUUUUGAAUAAGUUUUAAUCUACUUGCAAACAAAGUGACGUAUAGCUUCUUAUCACAUGUUAUGUAGACAAAUUGGCUCCACGACGUCUGUUGUAUAUUGUCUACAUUAUUUAAGAAAAAAGCGGAUGUUUGAUAGACAUAAGAUUAGCAUACGAUUGACUGAAUAUGAGACCAUCUAUUUUGAAUGCAAAAUAUUUAUUUUAAAAAAUCGUCUGCGGUUUUUAAAUUUCUACAUGGAAUACUUUCCUUGUAUUCAGUGGGUACUAUCUUUCUGCGUGAGAAUUUUGCCAUGGCACACUGCCUUCUGGACUACUAAAAUGUUCAGCGAAGUGAUCUCUUACGACCGCUGCAGCUAGUGGUGGGUGUCUUGCAAUAGGUUGUAAAUUCAACAUGCCAUGAGGAGCAACUUCUCUUCGCCAAGAACCUUCUAUAACGUUACUUGCAGAAGAUAAAGCAGUAUCGGCUGGAAGAAAGACCCAUAUAUUAUCAAGAUGAGACCUGGGUUAACGAAGGGCAUACGCAAUCAAAGGUUUGGCAAGAUACUCAGAUCCAGUCAUCGCGACAAGCAUUCAUGGAGGGUCUUUCAACAGGGCUACGGGCACCAAGCAGAAAGGGUAGAAGACUAAUAAUAAGUCAUAUUGGCAGUGAGGACGGCUUCUUGGAAGGACUCCUACUGUUUGAGUCAAAAAAAAAUACAGAAGAUUAUCACCAAGAAAUGAACUCUGAACACUUUGAAGAAUGGCUUAGGGGUAUACUGCCCAAAUUAAAAACAAAUGCAGUGUUAGUCAUAGACAAUGCCCCUUAUCACUCCCGGAAAAUAGAAAAUGGCUUAGGGGUAUACUGCCCAAAUUAAAAACAAAUGCAGUGUUAGUCAUAGACAAUGCCCCUUAUCACUCCCGGAAAAUAGAAUCAGGGCCUAUCAAUAAAUGGAAGAAAGCUGAAAUUAUAGAUUGGCUGAAGAAAAAAAACAUUGUUCAUGAAGAGAAAUUGACGAAAGAAAAAUUGAUGGGAAUUGUUGCCAAGGUAAAGCCUGCUCAUGUAAAAUAUGCAGUGGAGGAAUUGGCAGCUGCACACAAUAUAACAAUAUUAAGAUU